AUUAUGCCCAUAGAGCCAUACCAUACAUAACAUAGGUGUUCAUUUUUUUCUUUGAUACCUUCAUCGUCAUCACUUUCACAACCCCAACACAUCAAAACUAGAACAACAACGUUAUUCUCACCAAAAAGUCAGUGCUGCGUUAAAACAACCUUCUUUAUAAUUACCCUUUUAACCCUUCUCUCUCUUCACCUUCAAAUUUCUCACUUUACGAUCACUUUGAUCUUAUGUCAAUGGUGAUUUUUUAGAUACAAUACAACCCAGAUUCACUGAAGGAAUUGUGAAAGCUGAUAAAUAAAUCAAUAAAGGUUGAAACUUUCGUCUGUUGAGAAGUGAUUAUGGCGGUAGCUGAGAAUGUUGGAACCAAAAUCGAUUCUUCCAGUGAGAAUUUGGACAACAGUGUUGUUUCAUCGGACUCAACUGAGGUUGUUGAGAAAUCCAAACCCAAAACCGAUCAGAAUCUGAACACCAACUCCGUUAACACCAACGUUGUUGGUGUGAUCAAUCAUCAACAACAAGACAGUGUUCCAAAUGGUAACCAUGGUUUCAUCGCUCAUCAAAUGAGUCAGAUGCAUGGAAAUGGGGUUCAGAAUCAGCAUUUGGUUGAUGGGUAUGGUGGGAAUGGGGGUGAGAGUUUCAAGCGUGAAAUGAGGGAUUUGGAGGAGUUGCUGUCAAAGCUGAAUCCUAUGGCUGAGGAAUUUGUGCCACCUUCACUGGUUACUAAUUAUCAUGGCUACUUAGCUGCUGGACCUAAUGCUGGGUUUGGUUACCCUAAUAACAAUUUUAUGCUUCAGAAUAAUUUUGGAAAUGCUAAUGCUAAUGCUACUGCUAAUAAUGGACAGAUUAACAGAAGGAGGAAGAAUGGCUAUAAUAAUGCGAAGCGAAGAGUGUAUCAUAAGAUGGAUAUGGAGAAAAGAGAAGAGAUGAUUCGGAGGACUGUUUAUGUGUCUGACAUUGAUCAACAGGUUACUGAAGAGCAGCUGGCAGCUCUCUUUCUUAACUGCGGCCAGGUUGUUGAUUGCCGAGUAUGCGGGGAUCCCAAUUCCAUUCUUCGGUUUGCAUUCGUUGAGUUUACUGAUGAAGUUGGUGCUAGGGCUGCUUUGAACCUGUCUGGAACCAUGCUUGGAUAUUAUCCAUUAAGAGUGCUGCCUUCAAAGACUGCUAUUGCACCUGUUAAUCCAACUUUUUUGCCCAGGUCUGAAGAUGAAAGAGAGAUGUGCACCAGAACAAUUUAUUGCACAAAUCUCGACAAGAAGCUUACUCAAGCAGAUGUCAAGCACUUCUUUGAAUCUAUUUGUGGAGAGGUUCAACGUCUGAGGCUUCUUGGGGAUUACCAUCAUUCAACUCGGAUUGCUUUUGUGGAGUUUGCAGUGGCUGAGAGUGCAAUUGCUGCACUGAGCUGUAGUGGUGUGGUUUUGGGUUCACUUCCCAUAAGGGUAAGUCCAUCAAAGACACCAGUCCGAGCUCGUGCAGUUCGUACUCCCAUGCACUGAAUCAUCCUUCAUGUUUCUAGGAUGAAUAUGCUGCCCAGUGAUAUAUAUUUACAUAUAUAUACAUACAUAGAAACAUAUAUGUUUUAAGGUACCUGUGGCGUUUAGUUGAGACUUGUUGCCAAAACUUGCAGUAUGGUAUCUUUUGUUUCUCGUUGGGGCUAUGAGUUAUUAUGUGUUUAACUUGUAGAGUUGGAUGUCGUUUUGAGGUUCUUUAAGGCUUAAGUUAUGCUGGAUAGUCUCGCAACGAGAGACUUCUAUGGUUGGAUGUUUGUAACAUCCGGAGUUUACUGUUUAUUUAAAGAAUCUUGUCAAAACCUUUGUUAGUUAGUAAUGAACUAUUUAGUUUCUGUCUGGUACUA